CGUGAACAGUGGCGGCCUGGCCGGCUCACGUUUACGACCCCGUCGCGUCGUGCACCCACCAACACGCCACCGCUCCUCCUCCUCCUGCUACAUUUACAUUAUUGGGGGCCUCUUCUCCAUCCGCCACCUCUCGGCGCAUCAUCAGCUGUGCCUGUGAGCUCUCUCAUUCACCGGCACCGCUGCUCUUGCUCUUGUGUUCGUAAGUAACUUCGCAUUGCCUUGCCCCGCCCCCUUGUCCUGCUCCCUCCGGAGCUCCCCGCCUGCUCCAUUUAAUUACUGACUGACUCAUACCCUUCCCCGCAUUCGCCUUCUUGUUUCUUCCAUCCCACCCGUACCAGCCGCCGGUCCCCAAUGCCCAGGCAGGCAGCCCAGCACGGUGUGGUGGUCUGAUCCGCGGCGGCGCGCCCGUCGCUCCCUCCGCGAAUGGCUCCUCCAGCAGGGACAGGGGCAGGGACGGAGGGGAGGCCGGCGCGGCGGCGCGGCACCGGCACCAGCCCCGGACGCACCAAGGUGUGGGUCGAGCCGCCGGGCAAGAGCCACGGCCACCACCACCACCAGGCUCCGCCGCCCCCGUCCCCGCCCAAGAGGGUGGCCGUGGUCUACUACCUCUGCCGCAACCGCCACCUCGAGCACCCGCACUUCAUCGAGGUGCCGCUCGCCGUACCGGAGGAAGGCCUCUACCUUCGAGAUGUGAUGAACCGCCUCAACGUGCUGCGGGGGAAGGGCAUGGCCUCCAUGUAUUCUUGGUCCUGCAAGAGGAGCUACAAGAACGGCUUCGUGUGGCACGACCUGUCCGACGACGACCUGGUGCUCCCCGCGCAGGGCAGCGAGUACAUCCUCAAGGGCUCCGAGCUCCUCGACCGCUCGCCGCCGCCGCCGCCAGAUCGGCAGCAUGAUGGCGGCGCUAGCAACCCGAAUGUGGAGGAGAACCUCAAGCACCGCAAGGAAGAAGAGUCCCCGCAGUCUCGGGGCUCGCAGGAAGGGUGCUCGUCGUCGUCGUCUCCUUCCGCCUCCGCCGCUGGCAAGGAGAUCUCGCCUCCGCCCGCCACUCCGCGGCCACAGCAGCAGGCGCAGUCGGCAGCCCUGCCGCCGCCGCCGUCGCCGUCGCCGGCUUCCACCAGCCGCGAGGACGACCCGUGCCGGACCGCGCACUCAGGCUCGUCCGGCAACCAGUCCCCCGAACCCGCUGCGAGAAACGCUCCACCGUCAGAGGCUAGCUCCCCAGGACCGUCGGAGUACAGAGUCUGCAGACCCGUCGGGGCUCAGGACGCGGCCACACAGACAGACGACAGCGAGAGGGACGCUGCUGAAAACCAUAGUACUCGCGUGGCCGGAGCGUCCACCAUGGACACGACGUCGGAUGCCGAGAUCCAGGAAUGCCACCGGAGGAGCUCGCCGCUGUCACCCAAGGUACCCGAGACCGUUCGUGAGUCACCGCCGGCCGUGUGCUCCUCCGAUGCUGCUUCGCCUGGUGGCAGAGUCGAGACGUUGGAGUCCCUGAUAAGAGCAGAGGCCAGCAGGAGGAGUAGCUUCAGGACAUUGGAGGAGGGACACAUGCUUGGCCCGGUGGGUGUCAAACUGAAGCCGGCCAACUUGCUGAUGCAGCUUAUCACGUGUGGGUUCGUGUCUGUGAAAGAACACCGAGGCUUCGGGUUCAUCCCGACGUACAGGCCUCGGUUUACGCAGGUCGAGUUCCCUUCUCCGGUGUUCUCCACUCCCGUGGCGUUGCGGCACCUUGACAGAAUCCCUUGCAAUACAAAAGCAACUGGGUCGACGAGAGCUCCGGAGCCGGAAUGUUUCAGCGGGAGCUUGGUUGUUGAGACGAAGCAGCAGGACGAGCCCGGGAGAGGGAUCGCCUCACUCAAACGCUCGUCAUCUUACGACGAGGAUAGAGUGUACAGAGCAGCACAUCCCAAAAGCAACACGGAAAGCUCCUGUGAGGCAGGUAGUUUCAGGUGCCUCCCACAGACCAUCAGGAUCAUAUCGUGUAAGCAGUCGAGGAGUGGAACAGUACUCUCCCCCCCUGCCUCUGACGUGAGAAACGGCUCUAUCCAACAAGAACACAGUACCAUGUCCUCACCGCUGGGCUCAUCGAAGAGCGCGAGCAACAGGAUGGCCGAUCCGUCGCCGCCGGGCAAACUGUCUUGUGCGAGAGCCGAGUCGUUGUUCCGCGAGGAGAAGGACAUGAUCAAGAUCGAAGAAAGGCUUCCUUCUGGAGCUCGGGUCAUAAUCCAGUCCGCGCCGUUGUGUGAAGAAGAAAGCGACGACAGCAGCGAAUGAAUCACAUUGUAAGGGUCCGUGUUACAUAUGUUUUUGUUUUCUUUUGUUCUUUUUUUUUCAUUUCGUUUUGCUGAGGAUGAUGGCAUCUGCGUGCGUAGCUUUUGGAGUAGAGGGUUCAAAGGUAUUGAUUGAUUCUGUAAACCGUGUGAAUGUGAUAGUCCGGGCGUUUUCUCACACCUCGAAGAAGAGAAUAGUUUGCCUUUGCUUAUUUUUUUUUUUAUAAAAAAGGGGCCCGCUUUUGUGUAUCUUAGGCAUACAGUUUUACUUGCUUUGUUUUUCUUCAAGUAAAUAAGCAUGGAUUGUUUUUCUU